AUGCGCUACCUCGAGGAUGGCGCAGCUCGCGAGGACGUCUCUUCGGUCUUCUUGCCUGCGCGCGCUGCGUCGUUCGCCAUGGCGCUCUCGUCGACCGCUUCCUUCGUCGCCGUCGUCUUUCUGGCUCGGCUCACGGUCGACGCGCCGCUCGAGACCGGACACAUCGUCCUCGUCGCCUCUACCGCGGCAGCUUUCCUCACCUUCGUCUGCACGAGCUUGAUCACUGCGUACGCUCGGUUUUUGCCCCCGCCGACGACGCGAAUCUGGGACCUCGUUCGAGGCAUUGUGUCGUACCUCGCUGUCCUGUGGGUCGUCUGUCUCGGGCUCUCGGGCGCCGUCCUCGGCGAGGUCCUCCUUCCGCUCAAGUCCUGCACCGGCCCUUAUCCUUCUCUAUGCCUCACGGAGCUCCAGAGCCACUCGACCCGCAUCAUCGCCGUCCUCUCGGUCGCCCUGGCCGCCUCCCUCGCCCUUUGCGUCCUCGUCACGCUCGACCUGCGCUCGACCCACCCACACGCGCGCGUCGUCAUACUGCGCGCCGAGCUUGCGGCGCAGCGUGCCCGAGCAACGCAGGCGCGACGAGUGCGCGCGCUGCAGCAGGCGCUCGAGACGCCGCUGCUGCGGGCCGAGGGGCUCGAGCGCAGCGCCGACGAGGACGAUAGGCGAGCGUGGCUCGGCGGGGCCGGGGCCGGACGAGAGGCGAGUCGACGUGCGACGGUGUCGGCGUACGCUGCGAGGGCGAGACUGCCCGUCGACGACCCGGAGGCGGCGUGGCUGUCCUCGAGCGAGCCGCUCGGACCGCCCGUCGCACUCGCCGCCCGCCGUCCGGUCAUCGCGCCGUCGCCGAGCCGCAAGGACGCCCUCGGCGUCCCCCUCAUGUUCUCGCCGGGCAAGCGGCAUCGUCACCCGAGUCGACGACGCGAGGCGCCUGAGGAGGAGGAGCACCAGGCGAGCAAACCGCCACGCCGUCAUCACGCUCGAGGUCGGGCCGCCGGCGAAGCCGUCUCGACAGACGACGAGACGUCCUCGAGCGGGAGCGACAACGAGUCGGCCGGCGGCACGUCGACGACGAGCUCGUCCGAGGACGCACCUCGCGCUCGAGCCCGUCGCACCUCGCACCGUCCUCGUCAUGCCGCCCCGCCCUCUCCUCCCUCCACGUCCACCUCGUCCUCCUCUACCGACAAUGACGGCACGACGACCGAGGAGCACGCUCCGGGCAAGCGCCAUCACAGGCGCGCGGGCUCGAGCCGUCGGCAGCGCAGCUCGGCGCACCGCCACGAGCACAAGCACGGCCAAGCGAGCGGGCAUCGUGAUCACAAGCAUCGAUGCGACGAUGAGCACCCUCAUGAGCGUCGUCGUCACCGCCACGAGUCGGAUGGCGACAGCCAGGAGGACGAGCGGCGCCGGCGACGCGAGAAGAGGGAGCAGCGCAAGCGUGACGCCGAGGCGCGCACGGCGGACGUGAACGCGAGUCGGAUGGAGACGGCCUCGGCUGGAGCGGCGGACGCAGCGUAG